GACUUCUGGAGGCAGUUUCAGAUUUCUUGCUGAGUUGGUUUCGUUCGUUACGACAUAGGUAUCCUGGGAAAAGCAUUGGAUUAAUCGUUUGGAUUAUUAUUGCCUUUCCCUUUAAUUUUUAACUUUAAGACAUUAUCGACGAAUUUCCGUCGAAACUUUUAUACUACCUGAAAACCAGUUAUUACAAAAGCGAGGUAUAAUGGAGCCGGAGCCGCAUGCGAUGAUGAGCUGCCCCUACAACAAGGCUCAUCAAGUGGAGCACUACCGUUUCCACGUCCACCUGCAGAAGUGUCGUCGGCAAUAUCCGAACUGUAACAAGGUCUCGUGCCCAUUAGAUGCCACUCAUAUUGUAAACGAUGUUGAGCUUGAUUACCAUGUAAAAAAUGUUUGUACGAAAAGGAUAUUGUUUGAAAGCCAACUCUAUGUGACUGAUGAUGAAGCUCGGGCUCCAGAAGUGAUCAUUCCGGCACCAGUAUCCACCGACGAGAACUGGGAUGAUGAAAAUGUGAGUUCCUACAAACCGGACCUGAGUAAGAAAGCCAGCAAUAUCAUCGUGAAGCCCAGGGGCUUGGCGCCAGCGGAGCGUAGGAAGCUAAGAAUGGAGAAUAUUAAAACUUAUCGACCGCAGGAAGACCAGUAGAGGCGAGGUUUUAAGCCACACUGUUGGCAACACCAACCAAAAUAUUGUUUCUUUUUAUUCUUUAAGGUGGUAACAUCGAUGACCUUUACCAUAUUUUGUUGGAAUGUGCCCGAAAUAUAGACGUGCGAAGAAAGGUUUUUCGCUCUCAGGGUGUGAUUUCUCUUGGCAACGGAGAAGUCAAUUGCUGGUUGGCAGAGCCACUAUCAAGGAAGGCUUUUAGUUUAUAUUAUCUGGUUGACCAAUCCCUUGCCUAAGGGAUAGGUACACGAAAGCACCUAUGAGGCUGGCAUGAUCACACAGGGUGUUCAAAGCCUCGUUAAAAAUAAGAAAAAAAAAAAGGUGGUAACAUGUAAUAUCUCUCUUCCUGUGCAAUACAAAGAGAAAAAAAAAAGAUUACGGUGUGCAUCGUUUGCAUAACUGCUCGCGCGUUUUAUUAAAAAAACGCAACCAACGUAAUCUUAGCACAGGAAGAGAUUACAUGAGCAGUGAACGAGUCCAAAUAGUGUUGUGUUGAAGCAGGCACUUGCUAGGGUUUUAUUAAUAAAACGCCGCGGCAGUUAUGAAAACGAUGCACAUUAUAAUCUUAAUGCACAGGAAGAGAGAUAUUACAUGUUACCACCUUAAAGAAUAAAAAGAAACAAUAUUUUGGUUAUAUAUUGUUUAAGUUUACGCGGUUAUUAUCAUAAUUAAAGCACAUAAUAACGGGUUAUCGGGAAAUAUCGGGAGGACCGAAAUAUCGGGAGUCUCGUAUCCCCAUUUAAACGCGGUAAGAACCCGUUAUUAUGUGCUUUAAUUAUAAUAAAAAAAGGUUCAUCAUAUCCAGCUAACGACAUCGUAUCAACAGUGGCUGCAAGUUGUUUUUGAUUACUUGUGGCUCUGCCCACCCCAUUAGGGAUUACGGGCGUGAGUUUAUGUAUGUAUGUAGGUGUUAAUUAUAAUAUUUUGGUUGGUGUUGCCAACACACACCGCGACGCACUUUUUCUAUCCUCUUCUGACACUCAAAACCGUCAUUCGAAACAACGCUUCAUCUCUUUAACUGUACUUAUACUUCUCAUCAAAAAAUAAUCGAAAUAGAUACCUAAUUUCUAAUUUUUGUUCAACAAUGCUCGAUAUUCAUUGAAUUUGGAAUUUGUAACAUUAAAUAAUUAAGAAUUAAAUUCCUAUUCAAAAAUAUUAAUUGUAUAAUAAAUGUUUUUUUUUCGUUUUGGCAUGAAUGAAUAAAUGUAGCACACAUUUAUUUUGUAUUCCAAUAUAUUAUUAUUCAAUAUUCUUUAAGUAGUAUUUAAUAUUUUAUAAUACAUAACAUAAACAGCCUAUAUACGUCCCACUGCUGGGCACAGGCCUCCCGUCAAUCAACCGGAGGGGGUAUGGAGCUUACUCCACCACGCUGCUCCACUGCAGGUUGGUGGAGGUGUUUUUUUAUGAUAAUCCUGAAAAGAUCCUUAUCGAAGCGUUUCGAUUUUUUUUAUGGGAAGUGUAGCUGACAGAACACUACAUUUUUCUAUGACGAAUAUUGCAUCUUAAAAUCAUCCGUCAAACUUACGAUUCUAAGAAAAACCGACCUUUUUUAUUACUGUGCUAUGAUCGUUAUUUGCAGCGUUGUACUGUUCGUCAAAUUUUUGACCUCUAACCACUGUGUUUAUUUGGUAAACAGAAUAUGGAUCAGUCAUAUAACGACCACAGUGCAGUCAAAAUUCAAAAAUAUCUUUAUUAGGUAACAUUGUUAUACUUUGAAUCGUCAAUAUUUACAUAACGAACGUCUCAUCCGCCUAAAACUACUGCAGCUUCACAACCCGUAUAGCCGGGGAAAAGUAGCUGCAAGAAAAACAGAAGAUUAAUAAUAAGGUCGAUUUUUCUAAACUCUGUCCGCACUAAUUUUGUCAGCGCGUGAUUGAAAAAUGUAACAGGGGUGUAUCUUUUGAAAUAGGCUGUGUCACACACGUAUUUUAAGAUGUUAACUCGAAACUUCCUCCCCUCAACUCUGCCUCAGCUGAGCAUUUUGGUAUUUUAAGUUGCUAUUUAAGUCCUCGACUCGAGGACUUCUCACUGGAGUCGAGCACGUCAUACUGCCAACAUAAUAAUACGAAAAUGUGAAGUCUCUACUUAACCUCAUUGGAGUAAACUCGAGAUAUGCGAUGUGUAAGAAUUGACACCAGGGUUGAUAAGGUUGGUAAUUCACCUCACAACCCACACGAUAGAAGAAGUCGUCACGUGAUCAUGGCACUUGCAACCAGCGGCGUAGCGUGGGUGUCGGCCGCCCGAGGCCAAUGGUACCAAUUAGGUACCACCGAUUUUUUUGUUUUAAAUUGAAUGACGUUUAUAUUCGUUCCGCGCGUUUUUUAAAAUAUGCAAAAUUAAAUGUACAUUUUUCAAUCUUUCUGAGAGAUUUUCUUAAUAUUUUUUUCCGUAAGAACCUUGUACAGAUUAUUAGUAAACUACAAAAAAAAAACAGGCAAAUCGGUCAAGCCGUUUUUAUGUUAUGUCGUGACAACGGAAAACUGGUUUCAUUUUUAUAUAUAUUAUAGAUUGUGAAAUUUUGCCGCCCCCUAAAAAGAGCCGCCCCUGCCCCCACUACGCUACGCCGCUGCUUGCAACAGUGUUGAAAUAUUGAGUGUCUCAUAUAAAUAACGCGGUAAGAACCCGGUAUUAUGUGUUUUAAUUAUGAUAAUAACCGCGUAAACCUGAAACAAUAUAUUUUCAUAUCAUCCUGUUAAUGACAAAAUCUCAUUAGUCAUUCGUAAAUACAUACUUGUAUUAAAUAUAUACAGGGUGUUAGUGACAUCGUAACGAAAACUUUGAUGGAUUCAGGCUAUGAUUCCGAGUUGAUAUCAAGUGGAAUUUUCCGUCGCAAAAGUAUGGAGUGGGAAAUUUCGUUACGAUGUCACUAACACCCUGUAUAAUAUAAUUAUAUUUUUGAUAAUUAUGUAGAAUACGGGCACUACACUGUAGUGUACACUUAAGUCUAAAAUAAAAUGAUAGAAAAUUAAGAAAGUUACCGUUCUAAGAUUAUUUUUACUUGUAUUGGACAAUUCUUAUUUAAUAAGAUGAUAACAGUUAAGUUCUUGAGAUUUUUAGGGUUCCGUACCCAAUGGGUAAAAUCAGGACCCUAUUACUAAGGCCUCAUUCUUUGAAAGAAUAAAGUAUGUCCGUCCGUCCGUCUGUCACCAGGAAUUAUAUAGGCUGUGUGUCAAGCACUGCGAUAGCUAGACAGUUGAAAUUUUCACAAAUUAUGUAGGUAUAUCUGCCGGCUUAGCACCGUAAGCGCGACUCUUUCUCGCCUCGGCAUACGUCACCCGUCACUCUUUCACAGUACUGCACAGAAAGAGACAGACGAUCUCUGUCGCGGCGAGAAAGAGUCGCGUGCUUACGGUGCUAGGCCCGCUGUUGCAGCUGUAACAAUCAACAGUAAAAACAAGAAAAUAGGGGCUCCCAUAAAACAAACGAGAUUUUAUUGCCCUUUUUUGCUGGAUAUCACUACCUACUGUUGUUUACCUAGCCAGUGGUACGGAACCCUUCGUGCGUUUGUCCGAUUUGCACUUGGUCGGUGUUUGUAAGGAUAUUAUCCGGUCGUACAAAGCGUUUUGGUACGAAUUUUCAUUUAUUCAAUAAAUUUAAGAAAGAGAUGCAGCUAGUUCAUAAUUCUUGGUUUACAACUAUAAAACUGAAUUGUAAUUAAGUUGGUGUAUGGCUGCAUACUCAGCUUUGCCUUUGCCUUUCCUCAAGAAGAUAAACAAGUUAAAAAAAAAUAAGUUGUUGUUUACCAGAAUUGGCGCCAAUGAAUCUUUAAGGCCGGGUUUCCACUGACGCGGAGAUGGGCGGAGAAGAGCGGAGGUGUGCGGAUUUGACCAAUCACAGCGUUCGAGAGAGCGAAAAACGAAGACGCUCUGUCACUCUCUCCCUCACGGUGAAUGGUCGAUUCCUGCACAUCUCCGCUCAUCUCCGCGUCAAUGGAAACGCAGCCUAAAGCUCGUCAAAUGUUAUGUUAUGAAAAUGACAAAAUGAUAAAGAAAAUAAAUAAUAAAGUACCUGUC